AUGUAUAAACUAACUGAAGAACAACGCUGGUAUAUCAUCUGUGAGCGGAAAAAAGGUUCUAUAAAUAUCUCAAACAUAGUACGUUCCUUCAAGUGUCGCCAUGCUAUAAUAUACGAUGUCAUUGAUUAUUAUCGUCGUCAUAAUGAUGUAAAUUAUACAGAUAGAUAUAAUGCUGGUCGUCCACCUGCACUCGAUUCAACACAAAUUAAACAACUUGAUCAAACUAUACAACAAAACCGAUCAGCUACUGCUGCUGAAUUAUUAUCACUCACGAACUUCAAUACUACCGAACGCACGGUACAACGUUAUCGUUUAUCCCUUGGUUAUCGUCCUCGUAAGUCUGUUAUUAAAGUUAAGACUAAUAAUACAAAUGAACAAAAUCGAUAUCAAUUUGCUGCAUUACAUCACUUGGCCAACAUCAGGAAAUAUAUUUUUGAAGAUGAGUGCUAUGUGGGAUUAAGAAGUACACAACAGAUUGUUUGGUGUAAACGAGAAGAAUCAACAUCGAAGAAAGAAAUAUCAUCUUUGCGAGCACAUGUAAAUUUAAUUGGUUUUAUUUGGUGGAAUGGUUAUGUCUUUCGCCGAUUUGAUAAUUGGUUAAAUAGCGACACAUAUUGUGAUACAGUUAAUGAAGCAUUAUCGGGAAAUUUGCGAAAAUUAAAUGGAUUUUUAUUUAUUUCUGAUGGAAUAAAAUGGCACAAAAGUGCUCAAUUCAAACGAUGGUGUGACAAAUAUAAUAUUGAAUUAUGUGAAUGGCCAGGUUACAGUCCUGACUUUAAUGCUAUAGAACUGGUCUGGAACAUUAUCAAACAAAAAUUUAAAACCAAAAAUCCAAAAUCAUAA